AGGGAGGGCGAGAAGUAAAGUGCGGGAUAGUUUUGGGCACUCGGCUUUCGCCGGGACCACUGAGAGCGCGGCGGUGGCAGAUGCUGCUUCCUUGUACGGACAGAGGUGCCCAGUUGUUCAACGAGAGCUUCCUCCGCUUUGCGGAGCCCAAUGACCAGCAGCGUCCUGACGGGCAGCCUGGGCGGCGGCAGUAGCAGCGCCGACGAGCCCGUCUUCACACAGCUCAAACCGGUGAGCCUAAACUCGGAGGAGCAGACGGCGAUGUUCGGUGUCAUGAAGAGUCCUACGGCGGGGAUACUGGCGGCCGAUGAGCUGGCCCAGACGCGUUGCGAGAUGGAAAAGUACCUGUCGCCCCAGCCGCUGCCUGCCCCUGAGCUGAAGAAGUACCGACGGGACAGCGCCUCGGUGGUGGACGAGUUCUUCCAGGACGAAAAGCCGUCGCCAUACAGCGUCAAUAUCAAUGUGAUUCUGCCCGAUGUCACUCACCUGCGCACUGGUCUCUAUAAACCACAAAGGCCGUCCGUGGCUCAGUCCCAUUCAGAAGAUGUCAUUGCCUUUACCCAAGCAAGCAGGACACUUACGACCCCGUCCCUGCCCGAGUUCACCAGUGUGUUUAACACUGCACAGUCUACAGACGUCAGUGCUGCCUUCAUUAAGCAGGAACUGCCCUCCCCCGAAAUGCAUAUGCCUGCGAACCCUCAGCAAGGUCAGCUUUACCAGCUGCUCAGCUCCCCAGACUUGGUGAGCAUCUCUGGCCAUGAUCCACACACACAAGGUAACUCACCAUGUAUGGGCAACCUUACCAAUGCCUCACUAGCAUCAGGCCUGCCUGGCAUGAACACCCUAGCCACCGGGCAUCCUCAGACGGUAGUGAAGCACUUCCAUUCUAUCUCAGCCAGUACCUAUGCCAUGGCAGCCCAGUUCUUCCAGCAGCAGCCCUCAUACCUGCCCCCAUCACCUCCAAACUCUGAGCCCGGGAGCCCUGACAGGCAGCCAGAACUGCUGCAGACCAUGACUCCACCUCCGUCGUACGCCGCUUCCAUCGCCUGCAAGUUGGGGUCACCCACUCCGACGCGUGCCCUCCCAGCUAACUUGCAAGCUGCACAGCAGAACAUCUCGCCAGUCAAGUUCAACCGGAGAAAUAAUCCGGAGCUGGAAAAGAGAAGGAUUCAUCACUGUGACUUUCCAGGUUGCUGUAAAGUAUACACCAAAAGUUCACAUUUAAAAGCACACCUGAGAACUCACACUGGUGAGAAGCCAUACCAGUGCACCUGGGAAGGCUGUGACUGGAGAUUUGCACGCUCUGAUGAACUGACUCGCCACUUCCGGAAACACACUGGCGCCAAGCCUUUCCAGUGCUCAGUGUGCAGCCGCAGCUUUUCCCGCUCUGAUCACUUAGCCCUGCACAUGAAAAGACACCAGAUCUAGGUCGUGGAUCCACCCUGAAUUGGUUCUUCUUCAUCUGAAGAAGAUGUUGCUGUGCCGGCAACACUCCAAGCUACUGUUUAUGUAAACCUUGCUGCCGGGGCUGCUUUGGUUCAGUCUGGAGUAAAGGAGGUUUCAAUGAAAUGCAUAACUUUAACUUGAGGUUUGAAAACUGGAACUGUGUAUAUUGUGUACAUACUCACUGGGACUUGGGAACUGUGUUGAAUAAGCAAACUUUAUGAAAUUUAUAAUUGAUUGAUAUUAUUUUUGAUUUGCUUUAUGUUAAACUAAGCUCUCAU